AUGACUACCCUGGCCCGCGACGUGUCGCCGUUCGCUCCUGAUCGGUGUCCCACCGUCCAGCGAUAUUUUUUGGAAGACCACGCCAUUCAAAAGUUGCCAAUGCAAGAUGCGUAUCGGAGAGAUUCGGUCGCAUCCCUACCCUCGGGACCCUCGUCGCCAAGCUUCACGUCGGACCUCUACACCCCCUUGACCAACCUAUCAUCAGAUGAUGAAUUAGUCCUCCCCGCAUAUGAUUCCUCCAAGGACGAGGAGAUGAGUGACGUCUCCACGGAAUCUCCGUGGACCUCACAGACCCCCUCGGCCGAUGACACCUCCCUGGAGGAUGAACCCUCCAGGCAUGUCGACUACCUGUCCCAUGACUGGAGGGAGGAGGAUAUCUGGUCUUCCUGGCGCUACGUAACCAGUCGGAGGAAUGACUACAGUAACGGGGUGCGACUGGAGAAUGCAUCCUGGCGAACCUGGGCCAAGGCCAAGCACAACCUGAAGACAAUCUCCCCGGAGAGUCUGAAUUGGCUGAAGGACUGUGAUGUGACCUGGCUCUACGGUCCAUUGAAGAGCUCUGUCGGGCGUGAAUCGUCGCCCUCUCCACCCCCGAGUCGCUUAGAGACACCCAACUCCUACCGGGACAAGAAACCCAUCCUGAAAAAGAAGACGGCGUCCGAAGCCAUGCUGCAGCGGUCGCUGUCCCAACACACCCUCCUCCAGCACGCGGGGGCCAUUCUGAAAGCCCAAGAAGCCGAGAACGGGUGGACGCGGCCCCCGUUCCCUCGAUCCAACACGGAUUUAGAUCAGCUCCACCACCGCACCGGGAGCUCCACGUACUCUCUGGGUGGCACAUUGACCUCUUCCUCCUCCUCGGGAAUGACAUCCCCCAGCGAACGGCGCCACAUCCACUUCAACAACGAAGUCGUCCAAUGCAUUGCGGUGGAAGCCAAAAGCUACGAAGACGAGUGGCCUGCCACUUUCGACGAGUCAUCAGACGAUGGCGUGGUCAUGAUGCGACACAUCCCAGACGUGGAUCCUAUCGGCAGCCGCACUCCCCGCAACAGCUUCAGCGGGGAGGGGAAAACCAUCGCCCCUCUCCCUUCCACGACCCUCAAAUACCGUGGGGAUGUCGAGCCCCAGCCAAACAUCCUGGGCUCGUGGUCCUCCACACUAUCACCCACCCCCUCAGUCGAGACCCUCAGGCCGUCCGAACCCGAGCCACAGGCCAACUUCCUCCUGGACGACGAAGAUCCCAACAUGGACUUCACGGGCAACUACCCCGAUCGUGAUCGUCCGUGGUUUGAAGACCCAGCCCCCAAUCGCCCGCUCCAGUUGACCGAGUCCGGCAUGUUCAUGCCGGAAGGCGAUGAAUCUUCCAGCAGCACCAUCUUGGAUCGGGUGGUCGACACUGUCAACACCGCCCGAGACAUUGCCCACGUCAUAUGGAACGUGGGUUGGAGGAGGUGA